CCACUGGCUGAAAAGGAGGGAGGUCAAAAGUGUCUUGUGCUGGACAGGAGAAUUGGAUGGCGGGUAAACUAACCCUGACAGUUUUCCUGGGAUUUACCAUCUAUAUGAUGGGCAUAUUCCCAGCCACUUACUGUCCAGUCUUCUCUAAUGCCUUCAUACCACUGAAAAGCAAGAUCAAGAUUCGUAUAGCCACAAAUGAACAGCAAGAGCAAAACAGUCCAUCAGCAGGUAAAGACUGGGAGAAAAUGGAGGAAACAUUUGUGGCCUCAUCAACAGGGGAAGGAACGGAGGUGAUCGACAUGGUGCAGCACGAGGAUUCAGAGGGACUGAGGAAUUCAGCAGUGAAGGAUCUGGUGCUGGAUCUGGCUCUUGCUCUGAGCACUGGCAGCAUUGUGUUCUUUUUUUAAUGUGUUACAUAAAGCAUGAAAUAAUUGCUAUGAUAAUUGAUGAUAACAGUUUGAACAUCUA